AUGCAGAUGGCUGAAGCCGACCCCAACAUCAUGUCCUCUCUCCUGGACCCGACAGUUUAUGGGAGCUUUGACGCCAUGUCUAUGAGCGUCGACAACCCCCACGACGACGGCACCAUGUCCGCCUUCAAUUUUGUCGGCAACACCCCCAUGCCUGACGGCCUCGGAGACGAAACGCCCUCCAUGAGCAAUAAUUAUUCAAACAAUGGCGACGAUACUUCUAGCGUUGUCGGCGGGGGGCCUCCACCGGCCGGUGGCAUGAAUGCGCAGUCUUUACAGCAGGCCGGCAGUACCCUGACCGAGUUCACAAAGAGGCGCAAUUGGCCCGCAAAAGUCGUGGAAGAGCUCAAGGACUUUCUUCAAAUACUCGACGCCAACGGUCGCCUACGAUAUGUCUCGCCCAGCAUCUUGAAUCUGACGGGCUACGCUGCCGAAGAGAUCACCGACACUUUCCUCAAGGACCUGGUUCACCCAGACGACGUCGGCGUUUUUGUCGCCGAGCUAAACGAGUCCAUAGCCUCAGGGAACCCCCUGCGCCUGUUCUUCAGGCUCAAGAAGAAGGACGGCAAAUACGCUAUUUUCGAGUCGGUAGGCCAUGCCCACAUCGCUGCCGCCAAAUUUGCGCCGAACCCCCACAACCAAUCUCCAUUCUGCCAAGCAGUCUUCAUGAUGUCGCGCCCGUACCCAACAAAGAACGCCGGUCUACUGGACUCGUUUUUGGAACACAAGAUCGAGAACGAACGCCUGAGGAGGCGCAUUGCCGAGCUGCGCAGGGAGGAGGAGAUGGAGAACGAAGAGUCACAACGGCAAUGGAUGCAGGGCCAGGAGGGCAGGUCAGACAUGACGCCGUCGGAAACUACAAUGACGUCCGCCCCGAGCCACACAUCUCGCAACACGGAAACGGGAGAUAGGUCGUCGGCCCUCAACGUCGCACUCACGCGUGAGGCUCUGGAAGGCGUCGCAGGAAGCCGGCCGGACUCGCUGAAGGACAAAAUGGCCAGGUACGAAGGCGGGGCUUCGCACACGGACACCAUCGAGAUGUUGACCGGCCUGAGGUAUAUCGAGGGUGAAAGAAGUCGUGGCAUCACGACAGGCAACGCAAGUCCAACAUUGAUCAAGGGCGACGCCGGCAUUGCCAUCCCACUCGACCGGGACCCUCGGACAGGCGACAAGAAGAAGAAGCUCAAGACUUCGGAGGAAUACGUCUGCACGGACUGCGGCACCCUGGAUUCUCCCGAAUGGCGCAAAGGCCCAAGUGGGCCAAAAACACUAUGCAACGCCUGCGGCCUUCGGUGGGCCAAGAAAGAGAAGAAGAACAGGCACAACGGCACCAACUCCAGUCAUCAGGCGGGCUCGUUACAAGUCGAGCAUGGUUGA